CAUGUCCGGCGCUUCAUCAUCUUUGCCAUAGAAGGGUGCCUCCUGAAGGGAGACUUCUCUUUCCUCAAGGAACGCGGCUCGUUGAGGGAAUGGGUCACGGUCCUAUAUCAGCAGCAGCUGAAGCCAACCACCGUCAGAUCCAACCUAAUGAGUCCUCCCCCAGAGCACGACAUUGCUCAAUGGACUGGAUUUCAUGUGGCUGAACGCUGAGGUCACCAACAGGCUGAGGGACAUCCAGCCAGAUGUGACCUGCCACCGUCAGGUCGUCAGAAAGGCCGUGUCCAAGAGCCUGGUGUCCAAGUCGGACCAGUCCAACUUCCGCCGGGAGGGUCCCUAUCCAUGUCCGGACAUCGGGCCGGAGUACUGAAGAACCUGAAGGUCUCUGAGGUGCUGGACGCCAAGAUCGAAGGGGAGCACGUCACCAUCGACGGGAGUUCGGGUGUCGGCGACACGGGGAGGGUCUGGCUCUAUCGGGUGGCCCGCUGACGCCUCUCUGUUUUCUCAUCCGUCCGUCGGUCUGUCUUUCUGUCUGUCCGUCCUCGUAGGUGGAGGAGCACAAGUCCGCGUCAACGUACGGGCACGCCUCACGACGUCGGAGCUGCAGUGGUUCGAGGGCCUGCUGAGCGUGAGGCAGAGGUUCACGGGCAGCGAGUCCCCUUAUUUCUUUUUCUCCUCCUCCGGCGGCCGUUGCAAGAAGCUGCUGCAGUACUUUAAAAAGGAGUGGACUCGCAUGAGCUUCGGAGGGCCCCCGGGGGGGCCCACGGCCGGUCCCCAGGCUUUACAAGCCUCGGGAUGAAAAAGUGACAUUUAGGGUCCAGGGACACCUUGGCUAUCCCAGGGGGGGCCCCCCAUGACACUUCGGCGUUCUCUGGGGGUCAAAAGCCAACUGUCAAAUUUUUCGGACCAGUCUAGGGUACGGAUGCCCAGUCCGGCACUGGGGCAAGAGGGACCAGUGCACCCGUGUGCCGCCACCAACCUGGCGGAGGCCAGGGUUGCAGUUUUUUCAUCUCGGGGACGGAAGGGGCCAGGGGCCCCGCGACAUUUAAAAAAAAAUACUAGGGCCCCAGAGUGCAUGCCAAGUACGGGCACGGGAUACAUCGAGUCGAGCGCUCGCGUCCGGGUCCCGCGUCUCUAGGACCUUCCUGAGGCUACUUCCUGUUCCCGCCCACUUGGGGGGCAGGGCUUUGGAUAUGUGGAGCCCGGGGGGGCAACCCACGUGAAGUCCCAGGCCGAUAUAAGUGCUCCAAAUCUCGGUGCGCUCGGAUGCCCUGUCGAGGUCACGAGGUGUCAGACUUAUACUCUGGCAGAGGAUCUGCAGAGUUAUUCAAGUGGAAAAAAAUGAAAUUUCAACACUGAUGAGAAGGCUCUGCUGUUGCAGCUGGCGAGCGGGCGUAUCAGGGACCAAUUCACAUGCAGCGUGCCCGGCUGCAAGAGGGCGAGGCCGGCGUCGGAGUGCCUGCGGACGACCCACAGCCCGUCACGCUGUGUGACAACCCCUCCUGCCCGGCCACGCGCCGGUUGAGGGAGCUGGAGGCACGCCUCAACCUGGUGCCUCAGGGUGCGUGCCCCCGCUCCGAUUGCCAGGACAACCUGUAUGAACUCGGCCGCCUCCAGAGGCUCGUCUCCCGCAGCCCGAAGGUGACCUUACGCAAGAAGUUCUCGCGGCGGGAUAACUUCACGAAGACGGACUCUCCCGUCUACGGUGAGUGCGUCUACGGCCCGUCGUGCACGACGAUGAUGCUUUUCCGUGAGACGCGAGGCGUCGUUUUCAUUCUCGAUUCUGUCGCCUUCACAAAGAACUUGCUCCAGAAAUUCUUGGAAUCCAUCUGCGGCACGGACCCCUCCAAGAAAAAGUUGGAGGUUCCACGUGAGCCACGUCCGGAGGUUCCUCGUGUACGCCAGCGAGGGCGGCCUGCUCAAAGGGAACUUCGUCUUCCUGAGGAAACGCGCGUCCAUCAGAAAGUGAGUAUCGGACACGUCCUCGCUCCGGUCCGUCGCCGUGCGCGAUUCUCGCUGACCCACAUGUGCGUCUUGUGCUCUCGUGUCUGUCUUUCUGUUGGAUCGGAGUGCUGUUUGAGGACAAGAUGAAGUCCACCACCGUCAGGAGCAAUCUGAUGAGUUUAAAGAAGUUCUUCGACUUCUUGUCUUAUGUCCCACGUAUGACAACAAAGCUGAACGGGGUGGACUUCAUCUGGCUGUGGGCGGAGAUCGCACGUCGCUUACGUGACAUCCAGCGCGACGUCACGUGCCACCGGCAGGCGGUACGGAAAGGCCUCCAAGAACAUCGUCUCGAAGGAGGAUCAGCGCUCCUUCCGGAGGGAGGUGCGGAAGAUCAUUUCCGCCAAGAUCGGAUCCCUGAAGGGCGGUUCGGUCGAAAAUCUGCAUCAAGUUGUUUCGGCCUGUUGGCGGGAUAUUUCAUCUCGAUGUCCGGUCAUCGGGCCGGCGUCAUGAAGAAUCUCAAGGUGGAUGAGGUCAUGGACGCGGAAGUGGGCGGCGAUCGGGUCACGAUCAACGUACAAGACCACAAGUCCGCGUCCAUGUACGGACACGCCCAGCUCAGCCUCACCCAAGAGGAGCUGCAGUGGCUGGAGGAGCUCGUCGUGGCGCGAGACGUCUUCCCGGGGUCAGACUCGCCCCAUCUCUUCUUUAACGCCUCGGGCGGGAGGUGCAAAAAGUUCCUUAAUUACUUCCAGACAGAGUGGUCGCGGAUGGGGUUCGGCGGGAGCUACACCUUCCGCAACCUACGCACUUCGAUGGUGCACCACACGAAGAACCUGAGCCCGAGAAAGAGGCUGUCGGUUCACCGGGCCAUGUGCCAUUCUGAGGCGGUGGUCUCUAAGUUCUACCUGCCGCUGAACACGGUGCAGGAGGCAGCCGAAGUGCGUAGGUUGCAGGAGGGUGAGGAGUCACCGGAGGAACGCCCCCACAGCAGCGGCAUCCUCCCCGGGACGAGCAGCCCUGCCACCCGCCGCCGGGUUAGCAGAUGACGCUCUGGUAAUAC